AUGGCCCUAACUUCUGUGUUUUUUCCAGAGUGUUUUUUCCAGACCAUGUACCUCGUGUUGGUGGAGAAGUCUGGUGCAGAAGAAGGGCUUUCUUCAAUAGAGACAAUGUUCUAUAACAGUUUUCUUUCUCUUCCAUUUUUGCUAUUUCUCAUCAUAGCGACCGGAGAGUUCCCGAAUUCUUUGGCAUUGUUACUUGCAAAGAGCAAUUCUUUCUCCUUUUUGUGUACCAUAGUUAACUAUGCUCUAACCACAACCGUUGUCGGAGUACUCAAAGGUGUUGGAUCUACGACACUUGGCUUUGUCUUGCUGGGAGGCGGGGUGUGGUAUUCGUACGCCAAAUAUCAGCAAAGGAAUAUCAAAGCCGUCAAAGUGAUGUCGGAUUUGGAGUCGCAUCGAAAGAAUCUCUUUGCUGGUGAAAUUCAGAUUGUGUUAACUCCAGAUGUGAUUGGAUUUGGAUUUGCAAAAGGGGCAAUUCAAUCUUCGAUCUUUAUCACAAGCAGUGUCACAGGUGCUGUUAUAUUUCCUAGAUUGCUUGCCUGCAAUAUGUGA